AUGAUGAUGGGGAUGAUGGGGAUGAUGGGGAUGAUGGGGAUGAUGGGGAUGAUGGGGGAUGGGGAUGAUGGGGAUGAUGGGGAUGAUGGGGAUGAUGGGGAUGAUGGGGAUGAUGGGGAUGAUGGGGAUGAUGGGGAUGAUGGGAUGAUGAUGGGGAUGAUGGGGAUGAUGGGGAUGAUGGGGAUGAUGGGGAUGAUGAUGAUGGGGAUGAUGGGGAUGAUGGGGAUGAUGGGGAUGAUGAUGAUGGGGAUGAUGGGGGAUGAUGAUGAUGGGGAUGAUGGGGAUGAUGGGGGUGAUGGAGAUGAUGGAGAUGAUGGAUGA